GAAACAGACGCGUGGUGUUUAGUUUUCCUGUGAUAGACACGGCUAGUUAGCAUUUAGCAGCUAUCAGCAUUAGCCCCUCAGGUAAACACACAGGCUGACAGGGAGAGGACGGCUCACACACAGCUGCUGUGCUCUCAGGAAAGGUUGUCUGCUAUAAGUGGCAGGCAGCCCGUGGAUUACACUGUUAAAGCUAAGUUAAUACGAUGAGCUCAGGAUACCCUCACUGUCAACACCGUGCUGGAAUUAGCUCAACACAGGCAAUGUCCAUAGUAAAUUAUGAGUAACGUCCCUCAACAACGAAUUUCUACAACACAACAAACACAGGCCAGUCUGUCCAUCUGGGGAUGGGGGGGUCUUGGAGUCGUGCUGUUCCUCGUCACCUUUGGACCCUUUGCCAUAUUCUACCUGGCCUUUUAUAUCUUCUGCUUCAUUGUAGGGGGCUUUGCGGUCACUCUGCUCUAUGGAAAGAUCAACUCAGAGAAACACCUGGAAAAGUGCGAGCACUCCUACUUGGCCCCCACACAAAUUGGCAUACUAAAGACAUUGGAUGAGAUGAAGUUGGAGAUGAAGCCUAUAAAAAUAGACAGGAGACUGACUGGCUCCAGUUUUAUAGAUGAACCACUACAACAGGUGAUCCAGUUUGCUCUGAGAGAUUAUAUCCAGUACUGGUACUACACUCUGAGCGAGGAUGAGUCCUUCCUAUUGGAGAUCAGACAGACGCUGCAGAAUGCCCUCGUCCAGUUCUCUACACGGUCCAAAGAGGUGGACUGGCAGCCUUACUUCACUACUCGCCUGGUGGACGACUUUGCCACCCAUUUACGUGUCUUUAGAAAAGCCCAGGACCGCCUCGCAGACAGAGAGGACAAGCAAAGGGACAUAACGGAGGAGCUGGUGGACUCCUUCUUUGAGGCCGAGGUGGAGAUGGAAAGGAAGAUUUGUCGAGACGUGGUGUGCACUUCACACAAAGAUGAAGAAGGUUUUCUUAGGGACUUGUGUGAGUUGCUUCUGUAUCUGUUACUACCUCCUGGAGAUUUCCACAACAAGAACAUGAGAUACUUCCUUAGGGAGGUGCUGGCCCGUGGUGUUCUACUUCCUCUGAUCAACCAGCUUAGCGACCCAGACUACAUCAAUCAGUUUGUCAUCUGGAUGAUACGGGACUCCAGCUGUAAUUACGAAGCCUUCAUGAACAUCCUGAAGCUGACAGACAAGCCCUCUGAGCUGGAGGCGGUGAAGGACAAGGUGCUGGAGGAGCUGCAGUACCUCCGCUCCCUGGACACCGCCGGAGAUGACAUCAAUGUGAUCAAGAACCAGAUCAACAGUCUUCUGUUUGUGAAGAAGGUGUGUGAGACUCGGAUCCAGAGACUACACUCUGGCAAGGAGGUGGAUGCCCUGAAGCUGGCAGCCAACUUUGGCAAACUGUGUGUCAUUCCUCUGGAUCACAUUCUCAUCCACAACAUAGCCCUGCAGUUCUUCAUGGACUACAUGCAGGCGGCGGGGGCCCAGGCAGAGCUGUUCUUCUGGCUCACUGUGGAGGGCUACAGGGUGACGGCGCAGCAGCAGCUGGAGGCUAUGCAGAACUGGCAGAAAGAUGGCAAGAAGCAGCCCAGCAACACCAAGGGGCUGCUGAAGGCCGCUGCACUGGGCGUCUACGAACAAUACCUCUCGGACAAGGCGUCGCCCCGGGUCCAGGUGGAUGAAGCGUCCGUGAUCAAACUAGGGGAGAAGCUCCAGAAAGACGACCCCACACCAGAGAUAUUUGAUGAAAUUCAGAAAAGUGUGUAUGACAUGAUGCUACGAGAUGAGCGCUACUACCCCUCCUUCAAGCAGAGUCCUCUCUACGUCCGCAUGCUAGCCGAGCUGGACAUGUUGAAAGAGCCGAGCUACCGGGGGUCUGAUGACGGGGAUGGAGAAUCCUUCAAUGGCUCUCCCACAGGAAGCAUAAACCUAUCUUUGGACGAUUUGUCCAACUCCUGCCAUGAUGAUACUUUGCACCUACAUGCCUUCAUCUCUGACACAGCUGACGCUUGUCUCCCCGGCUUCUGGGGUGCUGCAGGGGUGUGCAACGACCACGGUAAGACCUACGCGCUGUACGCCAUCACGGUGGUCAGACGCAGCCAUGACGGCAGUGAGGACUGCUGGAAGACCUAUCGCCGCUACUCCGACUUCCACGACUUCCACAUGAGGGUCACUGAACAGUUUGAGAACCUGGCGUCGAUUCUCAAGCUGCCAGGGAAGAAGACCUUCAACAACAUGGACAGAGACUUCUUGGAGAAGAGAAAAAAAGACCUCAAUUCUUACCUGCAGUUGCUGAUGAACCCAGAGAUGGUGAAGGCCUGUCCAACUCUGAUUGCUUAUGUCUAUGACUUCCUCGAGAACAAAGCCUACAGCAAGGGCAAGGGAGAGUUUGCUCGCAAGGUGGACACAUUUGUAAAUCCUCUGAGGAGCUCCAUGAGAAACGUGUCCAACGCAGUGAAGUCUCUGCCGGACAGUCUGGCGGAGGGCAUGAAUAAGGUCUCUGAUAACAUGGGCCGCAUGUCAGAGAGACUCGGGCAGGACAUUAAACAGUCCAUACUCAAGGUGCCUCCACUCCUCCCUAAGACUGACAUCGACCCCGAACACUGUCGAGUCUCUGCUCAGCUCGAUGACAAUGUGGAUGAUAACAUACCGCUGAGAGUAAUGCUGCUACUGAUGGACGAGGUGUUUGACCUUAAGGAGAAAAACCAGUGGCUGCGCAGGAACAUAAAGAACCUGCUGCAGCAGCUCAUCAGAGCCACGUAUGGAGACACCAUCAACAGAAAGAUUGUGGAUCAUGUGGACUACAUGACCUCACCGGAGCAGGUUGCAGACUACGUCAAGAAGUUCAGGGACUCUUACUGGCCCAACGGUAUUUUGGCUGAGACGCUGCCCCGCCGGGACAAAAACAUCUGCCAGAGGACACGAAUAGCUGCCAAGACCAGUCUGCUGGGCAUCAUGCCAGACGAGUUGAAACACAUCAUCGGAGCAGACACCACGAGGAAGGGCAUCCUCCGCGUCUUCGACAUGUUUCAGUACCAGCCCAUGAACCGCCGGCUAGUCUACGUUUUCCUGGAGGGCUUCUUGGAGACGAUGUUCCCCCAGUACAAAUUCCCCGAGCUCUUUGUCAAGCUGCACUCCCGCUCGCCACGCAUCCACAAAUAUAGUCAGAAACUCAAAUCUUCCUCCCUCAAGAGGUGACAGGAGAGGACGGAGGCGACGGGACACGGGCCGACUACACACACACAGACUUGAGAGCUGAGAGUGAGAGUGAGGGGGGGGUGGAUGUGAACGUUAAGGUAUGUGUGUGAUUUCUGCCCUUCUAAUUCCCUCACACACUCUUUUCAGUGAAAACACUCCGAUUAUCCAUCUGAGUGUUUCUGUGGUCACAGAACUGAAGGAGGAACAACACACACUCUGCCCUCCUCUCACCCUGUGACACACACACACACAAAUUACUGUAAUUUGCACCAAGACUGGACAUGGCAGUCUUUUGUCUUAGUUUAGAUAUUUUCCUCCUCCUUUUUUUUAAAAACUUUUUUAGUUGUGUUUAGCUUUAUCACGGGCCAGUCGAUGCUGCUUUCUCCCGGUCCUGACUCCAGAGAGCGGACCUUACUGUAUUCUUUUUGAAAUGCAGGAGUAGUUAGCAUAGACCCACACCUUGCCUUACCUCCCCGCUUCUGUCUCUUGGCCCCGACACGCCGCACCAUCUCAGUGACCCGGCCUCUCAGCUGUGGUCACACUUACCCUCGUGCUGUAAACAUUUUAUCUGCAAAAGCUGCACACUUUCAAACCAUUUUUCAUAGCAACCAAAUAUGUCAAUAGCACUGGGUUGAAAAAGGCGCCGUUUUCAAAAAAUGUGACAAAAGAGACCAUUUCGAUUUUUAUUGUCUGCAUUUUUUUUCCAGCUUCAAUGCCUCUCUCGAGACAAGAUGAGUUUUUUGUUUCUAGCUCCACCCCCCUUUAAAGCUACUUUCACGACCUGAGACGACCAAAGCUCAUGCUGCUCCACACCUGUGUGUGUGCACUGGUUUGAUGUUGGAAUACUCUGAACAUUACUGUGCUUCAUAUCCUAAUCAUGCGAGGAGAGAUAAUGCAAAGUUGACCUUUAACGACCUCAAAGGUGAGGCUGUGAGGACACAUGAAGUGUGUUACAGUUGUGGGAGGCUCAGCUCUAGCUGUCAAAGCGCAUUAACAAAGAAUGUACCCUCUGGUGUAGUGUAUUUGGCUCAUGUAGAAUUAUGUGUGAAUGUGUGUGUUUUGAAGAUGCAACCCUCUUCAGUCAGAAACUGUGCCAGUGUGAGCUAGUUAACCAGCCUUAAACGUACUAUAAACUGACCAAGAGACGCACACUAGAGGUAGCUCUCCUUCACUCGACUGAACGCUACAAAGGAAAUCAAUAUAGAUAUAUGGAAAUAUAUCCCUAUUCACUUUUAUUCAGAGAAAAUGUCUUUAAUUUUGUGCAAUAUUUGUUACUUUAAUGCAUGUGCAUUUUGAAUCAUUGUAUACUGAAAAAGUCAAUCAUAUCGUUUUAAUAGUAGAAAACACGAGAAGUUUCCCCAGAAAUGUCUUCUUGUUCCAACAACUCUACAUUCCGUUGUUGUAAAAGUACAAAGUUUAUUUUACAGACUUGUUUUAUAAGUCUGAUUUUUU